AUGCCGCUGUCCGCAGAGAACGAACUCUAUGUCCCUUGCUACUAUUACAUCCAUUCUCAAAAAGAAUCUGGAAAACAUGCUACAGAUGACAGCGACGACAUAGACCUUUUCGGCGACGACGCGGAGGACUCUGCUGCUGCGCUGAAGCAGCUGUCAGCAGCAAAGCAGCAGCAGCAGCAGCAGCAGCGGAAGCAGAAGCAGCCCGUGGUGAACAAAUCCAUGUUGGUGAUUGAAGUGAAGCCAAAUGAUGCAGAAACGGAUUUAAAUGAAAUUGGAAAUGAAAUAAAACAAAUUCAAAUUGAAGGUCUCACUUGGGGAGAAAACCAAAAGAAAGUGCCCCUCGCCUUCGGCCUCUACAAACUCCAGGUGCAGUGCGUCAUAGUGGACGAUCUCGUGAACACAGACACUGUGAUAGAGCGCAUUGAAGAAAUUGGACUUUCGGAAGAAAACAAAAUCAAAAAAAGAAAACUUUUGGAAGAAAACGAAAACGACUCCGAAGACGAAGACGAACUCCACGGCCUCGUCCAGUCCGCCCAGAUCGUCUCCUUCAACAAACUCUAA